UAACAAGGCAUAAUUAACCAGAAAGGCAAAGUAAAGUAGGUUGGGUUGAAAUGAAUAUCUGGUUGAGAAAGAAAAUUGGUUGACUUUAAGCAUGAAAAAUGCGUUUGCGAUCAUCAAAAGUUGAUAAUCAACAUUAUCAUCUUCAUCUUCAUCUCUCUAUCAACUAAUCACUCCCUGAAUAUCUUCACAUUUCACCAAUUUUUCUUUUUCUUUUUCCUCUUCUUUUUUUCCCUGUUUACCAUCAAAAGCAAUCGAAACCAAUCGAAACCAAUCAACAUCAAUUACAAUCAACCAUCAAAGGAGAACCAAUGGAUGAAAAAGAGAGGAGAAAGGCUGAAGUCCGAGCUCGCCUUGAAGCUCAAGCUCGUAAGAAGCGAGGUUUCAUGACUCCUGAAAGGAAGAAGCGACUCAGGAAUUUACUUCGACGAAAAGCUGCUGAAGCAUUGAAAAGGGAACAAGAACGAAAAGCCGAGGAAAGACGAAGAAUCAUAAGAGAGCGAACAGGAACCCCGAAAAAUUUGGACGGUGUUAAUGAAGCAACUCUUCAAUCCAUUGUGAAGGAAUAUUAUAAAAGGAUUCAAGAUCUUGAGAGUAAAAAAUGGGAUCUUGAAAGAGCAACCAGAGUUAAAGAGAUCGAGUUGAAGGAACUCCAAGAGAAAGUUAAUGAUCUAAAGGGUAAAUUUGUUAUCCCACCAUUGAAGAAAGUAUCAAAAACUGCUAAUCAAUUGGAAAAGAUUCGCAUGUUCACCGCUCGAGUUAGCCAAAUGGAUUAUCGUAAUCAACUGAAACAAGUUCAAAAAAAGGAUUAUCGUUUGGAGGACGAUGAUGAAGUUGUUAGCAAAACAUCUAAACCUGAAUGGGCUCAACCUAAAAGCAAGACAACCUCAGUAUCUGAAGCAGUUUCCGAGGUUGUCUCUGAUGCUGAACAAGAUGAUUAUUGAAUGUAUUAAUUGUUGCAAAAUGAGCGUAAAAUUAUCAAUAAAAUAAACUAAUCAUUUAUUUAAAAUUAAA